AGCUCAGGAAAAGCAUCUAUUUUUCCUUUCCAACUAUACACAAAUCCCUCAUCAACCCAAUUCAUGGAAAAUCACUUUUCCUUCAUCUUCUUCCUCAUCUCCUUCUUCGCUCCAUGGUGUUGCAUCUUUGCCAUCAACCCCGCCUGCCGCACCACCUGUGGCUCUAUAGACGUCAAGUACCCGUUCGGCACUGGUUAUGGCUGCGGCUCCCCACGGUUUUACCCCUAUGUAACAUGCCCCAAAGACCAGCUCCUACUCAAUACCCACACAGGCUCAUAUCCCAUAACCUCCAUAUCCUACACAACCUCAGCCUUAACCAUCACCCCACCUUCCAUGUCCACAUGCAGCUCCAUGCAACAAUCACCGAAUAUAGGCCUCGAUUGGGCCAGCCCAUUCGAGCUCGGCCCAUCAACUUUCCUCCUGCUGUCAUGCACACCACCAACCUCUUCUCUCACCGUCGAAGGCUCCCCCGUUUGUGACACUUCCUCCUCUCACCUAUGUGACUCCUUUUACACUUGUCCUUCCGUCAUCGGCCUCAGCCUGCCGCUGUUCCCACCAUCCAACACGUGCUGUGUGUACUCCCCGGCCAAUUUCAACAGCAAGGGGGAAUUGGACUUGCGUGUGUUAAAAUGUGGAGGAUACACAUCAAUAGUGUCACUUGAGGAUUUUCCGACGGACCCAAACCAGUGGCAAUAUGGGGUGAGCUUAAAGUACACACAUGGAGCAUUUGACAACUAUUACAUAGAUAAUAAAUGUAAUGCCUGUGAAGAGAGUGGUGGCGUUUGUGGAUUUUCUCCUCCAAGUGAUUCAUUUAUUUGUGUGUGUAAAAAUGGUUUCAAUUCCACCAUACAGUGCAGUUACUUCAAUAUUGAUUAUCAGGGUGAUGAGGAUAUGUUUGGCAGCUCUGCUUCGUCAUCAACUUGGACGAGUUGGUUGGGAAUUUUGGGUGGCAUGAUGUUAUUAUAUAUGUAAUGUUACAUCUUUUGUUGGGCUUUUCUCUUUGGUGAUCUCUUUGAAAAUUUUUAAGUUUGAAGAACUUUUGUUUUGACAUGAAUUUGUAGUCAAUUGCAAUGUAGGCGAAGCUAGUAAAAUAGUAAUAUAAAGUAAUAAAGCUAGCAGUAUGG